CCCAGCUCUGCUCCCCCGCUCCCAUUCCCUGCAGCCCCCCGCCCUGGGGCAGUGCCUGGCCUGGGGGCUGGGAGAGGAGAAGCCAGGUCCUGCCUCUGCCCGGUCCCCGCUGCUGGGGGGACGCGCUGCCUGGAACAGGGUGGGGGGUCCCCCAACGCGGCUCUUUGGAUCCUGCUCCUUUCUAGCAGUGGGGUCGGGGACUCUGUGCCUGCGAAGGGUUAAUAUGUGAGGCUGAGAUUCAGUCCGGGUGUUUUUAGCAAAAGUCCUGGACAGGUCACAGUAAUAAACAAAAAUUCAGGGCCUGUGACCUGUCUCUGGCUUUUGCUAUAAAUCCCCCGACUGAAGCUCUACUCCUGAGCCCCACUGCUCCCCAGGGCCCCUGCUCCAGCGGUGGGGGCUGGCUGCCCAGCAGGCUGUUGCUCUGAGGCCCCCACGGCUGCCCCCAAGCCCACUGCUCCAGCCACCCUCGGGGAGGGAUGCUGCUCCGGCGCUCCCCGGGGUCAGCCAUACCAGCCACUACUCAGGCGCUCCCCACAGCCAGCUGCCCGGGGCCGGGCCUGUGGCCAGCUGCACUGGCCUGCGGAAGUCACGGAAUCGCAGCCUUAUUGAGAUGGUCUCGGUGGCUUCGGUCCUGGUGGGAGGCUUCGUGUGCGCACCACACUAAAGUGACCAAGGGUUUUCCCAUCAUGGCAGCGUUUCAAGCUCCUGUCUGCAGGGAAAAAGCUGGGGACCGGUGGGGAGAAUGCGGUUGUGAAAUGGACUAAAGCCCCGUCGGAAACCUCUGCAUUCGCCCUCCCACCCUGACCGGCUGCGGAAUAACACUCACGUUUCACAGCAGGUCUCUCUGUUCUCCCCAGGGAAGUGGCGGGGAAAUGGCCGAGGCGUAGCUGGCUCGGGUGAGAGAUUUUCAGGGGCCUGCUGGUGGGUCUGUGAUGGUGGAGGCAGGACGGGGCAAACCUGCUGCUACAUGUCCUGCCUGAGGCCUGAUUUUUGGAACGCCCCCAGGUGUGGGGGGGAGGGUGAAGGGGCCCAUUUCUGGAGGUGAAAACAACCCCUUCCUGUACAGGACUGAGAAAAUGGACCAGACUCCCACUGCUGCAGCCUGAACCUGUCAGCCCAAGGCUGCUGUGAAACAUGAAGGGAGAUGCCCUGUCUCUUCGGAUCCAGCUGCUGGGAAUCGAGAGAUUGUUGGGAUUCCUGUCCUCUGGCUAGUAGGGGUGAGAUAAAUGUAAGGCCUCCCGCCACCACCUCUGCUGGGGUGGGGAUAAAGAGCUCUCUCUUUCCCUCCAGCCCCUGAAACCUGCUGGCUUCUCUGUGCAGGGUAGGGGCGGCUGCCCCUCCCAGAGCUUCCUCUUCUUUCGGCACUCCUCCACUAUUUAUAAUGGGAUUGUGGCUGGGGCACCAGGUUCUGAGUUUGUUACAGACAGCGGUGACCUUUGAGGAGGUGGCUGUGUAUUUCACCCAGGGGCCGGGGGCUCGGCUGGCCCCCGGUCAGAGAGCCCUCUACGGGGACGUCACAGAAUUCUGAGACCGUGACCUCGCUCGGUCAGGGAUUCCUGCCCCCUUGCUUAUUAGAAGCUGUGGGAUUUCUGAUAUGCCCAGUUUCACUUCUGCUCGAGGUUCUUCCAUGGGCACAUCAGGGAAUUGAGUCCCAAAGGCUGCAGAUCCCAAGGGAAAGUGACUUUCACCUCCACACUACCACCCAUGAGACAGGGGAGUCAGAGAUGUAAUGUAGACGCUAAUUCAUCCCAAUCCCUCCAGCUGUCAAGAAGCAUGACAGUUAUCAGCGCAUGUUAAUUCUCAUUUGCACACAAAAUUCCUGCUUUCAAUUCCUGAGACUUGCUCCAUCUAUGGAAGGGCCCUGGCUUCUGCAGGUUCAGACACAGGCAAGUGUUUCAUAUCAGCCGUGUCUGAGUCAGCAAGUCCCCCAGAGCAUACACAUCCUGGAAAUUCCUCCUUGGGAUGGGACACAACCCCUGCCCCCCCCAUCCCCCCCACCCUAUGCAGACCUCUGCUUUUGCCAAGUGGGUUCAGUGGCCACGUUCCCGUCCAUUUGGAUUCCGUGUAACCCCCUUCAUGGCGUGCGGCCCGGUUAUAAUCGGAGACGGUUCCUUGUGAGAAAUCCUGAGUGCGCUCUGAUCUCAUCUGAUUUCACCCCACGAGCAGGAGUCCCCCUACCCAAACCUGACACAGUCGCCCGGCUGGAACGGGGGAAAGAGCUGCGGGUCCCGGCUCUCCGGGGCUCUGAAGAAAGGGAGAUCCCAAGAGGCGCCCAUGCAGGAAGGCACGUGGCAUCGGAAGGUCAGCAGCGUAUGUGCACACGCUGCAAUCUGCCACAGGCGUGAGUGAGGUGCAGGGCGGGAGACCGUAAAUAGAGGAGAACGAACAAACCAGUCCCAGCGAUAAAGAAAAUAAACGACGAAAAAACAUUUACGUGGUGCUCAGAAACAGAGGCGUAGAGCAGAAGGCGGAACUGCAUUGCACAAGCAGUUACUUCGUUAAUAACAGCAUAGAGACCGCCGGUGACCAUACUAAUCCUACUAGCAGUGCUCAUAGUGACGAUGAGUGUGUAAUUGAUACUAGUACGUGGCGGGUCCAGCCUACGUUGGACAUGGUUCUGAAGAUCAGGCUGUUUCUUCUGACAAAAUCCUCUCAUCAAAGAAAGAACCCAGCGAUAACCUGCUGCUGCAAAACACACUAGUACGAUUGCCUUCCUCCGAUGCCGCUCUCUGGACGGUUGAUGCUUUCACCCAAAGUACUGCAUAGACGUGGGCCCUGAUUUCUGCCGAAAUCGCGAUGGAAAAUAGGCAAUGUCAUCAAGACAACAUAAGGGCAGAACAAGGAAACUCUGUGAUACAGCCUUCAAUCAAGUGCCCCUGAAUGGUGAAAUUAUUGAAAGGCCCUGGCUCAUAUACUCACCAUCGACUGGCUGCCUCUUCUGUUUUAUGUGCAAAUUGUUUUCUCCGAACAGCACAUCUGCACGAGCCAAGAGAGGAUUUGAUUCAUGGGAUCACAUUGGCAGACUCGGUGACCAUGAAAGAUCUACUGAGCACCGACAAGCUCUCACCGCUUAGACAAUGUGUUUAUCGAAGACUCGAGCCCUUGAUAAACAUACAGCAGAUGGAAAUAUUAAAGAAAGAAAUUACUGGACAGAAGUGUUGAAGCGAGUCAUAGCAACAAUAAAAUUUUUGGCAAUACGAGGUCUGGCACUGAGCGGGACGAAUGAAACCUUUGGCAGUCUUAAUAAUGGCAACUUUUUGGGCUGCUUAGAGCUCAUAGCAGAGUACGACCCUUUCCUGGCCUGCCACAUCAACAACUAUGGGAAUACUGGUCAUGGCACAACGUCUCAUCUAUCAUCGACAAUCUGUGAAGAGUUCAUUAAACUCAUGGCUGACAAGCUAAAACAGGUCAUUGUGGAUGAGCUAAAACUGGCUAAGUAUUUUUUCUUCAGCACUGAUUCCACACUAGAUACGAGCCAUACCGAUCAGCUGACACUUACUGUGCGCUACGUGCUGAAUAACUGCACGCCCGUAGAACGCUUCUUGAAUUUUGUUCCAGUUACAUCGCAUACAGGUCUUCAUCUGUUUAAUGUCAUCAAUGGAACCCUGAAUGACAAACUAAAUAUCAAUCUAAAGGACUGCAGAGGUCAAACAUACGACAGGGCUAGUAACCUGCCCGACACUUACUCCGGUGUGCAAGCUCGGGUAAUUGCAGGCAACGAGAAAGCAGUGUACAUCCCAUGCAUGACCCACUCACUCAACCUACGUAGCGUUGCAGCUGCAGAGUCAUGCACGGAUGCAAUUACAUUUUUUCGCUUUAUCCAAAACCUGUAUGUAUUUUUCUCAGGAUCGACUUAUUGCUGGGGGGGGGCCUCUUGCGAGAUUCUCUGCACAAGGAGACAUGUGAGGCCAGUAAGAGAGAACUUUUCCCGAAGCGCCUCAGUGACACAAGGCGGCCAGUUCAAGCGGGUGCACUUUGCAGUUUAUCGUGCAACUACAAAUCUGCUGCAGGCUCUUGGUGCGGACACGCUGCAGAAUGGCUACACACGAGCAGAGGCAAACUCUCUUCAGCUGGAACCAUGGCUCGGUUGGAGGCUGCAUUUAUGACAACGUUUUGGAGUAGUGUCCUGACAAGAGUAAACAAAACAAGUCAACUUCUGCAGUCUGAAACAAUGGACUCAGGCGGACUGUGACACUGCUGAAGUCACUCUCUGAGUUGCUGGCAGCACCAUGGAAUAGCUUUGAGGACUACCAUGAAUCUGCGAUGUCUUUACGUUCUACAGCAAACUUCCAGUUAAAGCAGCAACAUCAUCCAAAGCGUGUGGCUGAUGAUAGCGAAGAACCCGCUGUCGUGCUGACUGGUGAAGAGAAGUUCAAAGUCGAAUCAUUCUACGCCAUAGUUGACUCACUUGGCAGCCAUCUCAACAGAAGAAUUCAUGCAUAUUCAGAAAUAAACAACCGUUUCUGUUUUUUAACGGGUGACCUUGACAGUACGGCUGUGAAAGAGUCUCUCAGAAGUUUAACUGAAUUCUAUUCAGGUGACCUCAAUGAAGAGAUCUUUGGUGAAUGGGUACAGUGGUGCUCACUGGUAAAGCAACUUGCCUCCAAGCCGUUAUCACAAGCUCUGCCUACACCACUGCAAAUGCUGACCAUAACGAACACGCAGAAUUUGCAAACAGUCUUUCCAAAUGUCUUUGUUGCGCUUCACAUUUACCUGACACUCCCAGUCUCAAACUGCGGUGGUGAAAGGUCGUCUUCACAUUUAAAAAGGAUAAAAAGUGCUUUACAUGCUACAAUGAUUCAAGAAAGACUUAACAGUCUUACUCUGUUAUCCAUUGAAUCGGGGAUGCUAAACUCUGUAGGCUUUUCCAAUUUAAUAGAAGUGUUUGCUGCUGCAAAGGCACGCCGAAAAAUCUGAAGACGUUUUUCAUCCCUGUAAAUAGCCCAAUAGCUACAUGCAGUGGUUUGGUUGAGUGAGUUAUUCACAUUCAUACUUGCUAUGUAAUAUGCAAAUUACUUAUCUGACGCAAGAUAAGUAUGAAUGACACUGUAAAUAUAUGCAUCCGAUGAAGUGAGCUGUAGCUCACGAAAGCUUAUACGCAACUAAAUUUUUUAGUCUC